AUGGCCCUUGAUUGUGAUGCUCUGAGAAGAUCACCAGCGUCCCGCAGCCAGUCCGGCUCAGUUCCCUUGGGCUUUUCAGUGUUCUGUUGGCCAGCAAGGCGAUGGUCCAACAACGACCAGGAACAGCAACGUGCGGCUUAUAUCCCCAGUUUUGUGAAAACUGUGAACGCAACUCCCAGACUGUAA